UGCUGGAUCACUGCUACAGUUCUGGAGCACAUGUUGACUACAGAGCAGAGAGGAGAGCUGCCCAAGACCCUGACUGACAUGUACUCACACUUCCUGCUGGUUCAGACAAAGAGGAAGAAGAACAAGUACCGUGAGGGACAUGAGACAUGUCCACAGGAGCUGACGGAGGCUGACAGGGAAGUUCUUCUGAAGCUGGGGAGGCUGGCGUUUGAACAUCUGGAGAAAGGAAACAUCAUGUUCUACCAAGAAGACCUGGAGCAGUGUGGUCUGGAUGUGACAGAGGCCUCGGUGUACUCAGGAGUUUGUACAGAGAUCUUCAAAAGAGAGUGUGUGAUCUUCCAGAAACCAGUCUACUGCUUUGUUCAUCUGAGCAUUCAGGAGUUUCUGGCUGCAGUCUACAUGUUCCACUGUUUCACCAACAGGAAGACAAAGGUGCUGAAGAACUUCCUUAAACCAAAAUCUUUAAUUAAGAUGAUUUCCAGUCUUUUUGAUAACAAAGAUCUCCAAUCACUUGAUGUAUUUCUGAGGAGAGUCAUGGAGAAAUCCCUCCAGAGUGAAAAUGGCCACCUGGACCUGUUUGUUCGCUUCCUUCAUGGCCUCUGUCUGGAGUCCAACCAGAGACUCUUAGUAGGUCUGCUGGGUCAGACAGAGAUCAGUCCAGAAACCAUCCAGAGAGUCAUCAACAACCUGAAGGAGAUGAACAGUGAUGAAAUCUCUCCUGACAGAAGCAUCAACAUCUUCCACUGUCUGAUGGAGAUGAACCACCUCUCAUUAUUUCAGGAGAUCCAAGAGUUCCUGAAGUCAGAGAACAGAUCAGAGAAGGAACUCUCUGAGAUCCAGUGCUCAGCUCUGGCCUUCAUGCUGCAGAUGUCAGAGGAGGUUCUGGAUGAGUUGGACCUGCAGAAGUACAACACAUCAGAGCGGGGACGACAGAGACUGAUUCCAGCUGUGAGGAACUGCAGAAAGGCUGGGUCCAAUGGAAACAGUGACAUUUACAAACCAAUCAAAGACAAACUGAUCCAUGUCAGGUUAUAACAAUAUUCAAAGUGAAUACAGGCUGCUGCUGGACACAGACAGGUAACAUCAUUUUGACUUGCUGUCACCUGGAUCUGGACUCAUAAACACUGAAGCCCUGAACAGGAAUACAAAUCAUUUUCUGCCAACUAGCGACACACCAGCAGAUAAUGGCUCAGAAAGCUAAAAUGAGCCAAUCAUUUCUGUGUUUAGUUCCCCUGAAAUCAGAUCUGAUAUCAGCAGCUCUGAGUUCAUUCAUCAUUAUUGUCCAGUGAUGAGAUUUCUGCUCCGUUUGGUGACAGUCAGCAGGUUUUUCCUGCGUGUGGACGUGAACAGUCGUACCUGACAGCAGGUAGCAAACAGAGAUCAUCUUUCCAGCUGGAACUCUUCACUGAGCUGAACUCAUUCAAAAUGUUCUGGAGUCAAAACAGGAAACAGUCCAAAUGUGUGUCUUCAC